AUGGCAACAAAACAUAAGGGUCAUGCGAUAGGAAUCGAUCUUGGAACUACAUACUCGUGUGUUGCAGCAUGGGAAGAACAAAAUGGUCGUGCAGAGAUUAUUGUGAAUGAUCAAGGCAACAGAACAACACCUUCUUUCGUUGCCUUCACUGAUUCUCAAAGGUUGAUUGGUGAUGCUGCUAAAAAUCAAGCCGCAGCCAACCCCUCUAACACCAUCUUUGAUGCUAAAAGGUUGAUUGGCAGAAAAUACAAAGAUCCUGCAAUUUACAAUGAUCUUAAGUUAUGGCCAUUCAAGGUUGUAGCUGGUGUUGAUGACAAACCCAUGAUUAUGGUGAACUACAAAGGCAGGGAAAAGUUUCUUGCAGCUGAAGAAAUCUCAUCUAUGAUUCUCACAAAGAUGGACAUUGCUGAGGCCUAUUUGGAGUCUUCUGUGAACAAUGCAGUGAUUACAGUCCCUGCCUAUUUCAAUGACUCGCAGCGAAAAGCCACCAAAGAUGCCGGCAUCAUCGCCGGCCUUAAUGUCAUCAGAAUCAUCAACGAACCAACAGCUGCAGCUCUUGCAUAUGGCCUUCAAAAGAGAGCCAAAUGUUCCGGAAAGCGCAAUGUUUUCAUAUUUGAUCUUGGUGGUGGUAUCUUUGAUGUGUCUCUAGUCACAAUUGAAGGUGAUAACAUUGAAGUUAAGGCCACUGCCGGAGACACUCAUCUGGGAGGGGAAGAUUUCGAUAACAGAAUGAUGAGUCACUUGGUACAAGAGUUCAAAAGAAAGAUCAGAAUGGACAGUACUCGUGAUCCCAGAGCAAUGAGGAGGUUGAGAAACGAAUGUGAGAAAGCGAAAAGGAUACUUUCACAUGCUAAUGAGACUACUAUUGAGAUAGAUGCUUUGUUUCAAGGCAUUGACUUUCGUUUCUCUAUAACUCGUGCAAGGUUUGAAGAACUCAACAGGGACUUGUUUGGGAAGUGCAUUGAGAUAUCUCAGAAGUGCCUUGAUGAUGCUAAGAUGGCCAAGAGUGAUGUACAUGAUUUGGUCCUUGUUGGUGGAUCUUCAAGGAUUCCCAAAGUGCAGAGAUUAUUGCAGAAAUUGUUUGAGGGGAAGGAGCUCUGUAAGAGUAUCAACCCGGAUGAAGCAGUUGCUUAUGGUGCUGCAGUUCAAGCUGCUUUGUUGAGUGAAAAUUAUAGCAUUGUACCAAACUUGGUUCUGGUGGAUGUCACUCCUCUGUCUCUUGGUACAAAAAUAGAAGGAGAUUUUAUGAGUGUUGUAAUUCCUAGGAAUACCAUCAUUCCUGCAAAAAGAACUGGAUUUUGA